GUGGCGCGCAACGGUCCAAACCAACUGUAGUCAAUCAAAGCGGAGAGCUAAGCAUCGUCAAAAGCAAUCCUUCAAUGGCUUCAAUCUGUUGCUCUGCCUCUCAGUUCUCCAAGUUCUCAUCUUUAUCGCUUCUCAAGGCUUCAGGCCCUGCUUUCCCCAAUUUCUCUUCAUCCCCAUUUUCUGUUCGUUGCACUGGUCAAAAUGACGGGGACGAGGUCAAGAAGAGGCUCUCUAAUCAGUCGUCCUGGGAAGCCCAAGACGCCGAAGGGAGAGACUAUCUUUAUCGGCUGGGCCAAGAGGCUGAUAAUAUGAACAUCGCUGUUGGCCAGAGGGCUGGCGUUAUUGAUGACCUUUUUGCUGGGAAUUUUCUCGGGAAAGAUUCGGACAUUGUUUUUGAUUACCGUCAAAAAGUGACAAGGUCAUUUGAAUACAUUCAAGGGGAUUAUUACAUCGCUCCUGUCUUCAUGGAUAAAGUUGUAUGCCACAUUGUGAAGAACUACCUUGCUCAUAUCCUCAACACUAAAGUUCCCUUGAUCCUAGGCAUUUGGGGAGGAAAAGGGCAGGGGAAGUCAUUUCAGACAGAACUCAUAUUUCAGGCAAUGGGAGUUGAACCUGUAAUAAUGUCUGCUGGGGAAUUGGAGUCAGAAAGAGCUGGUGAGCCAGGAAGGUUGAUACGUGACCGCUAUAGAACAGCAUCUCAAGUGAUCCAGAAUCAAGGAAAAAUGAGCUGUUUAAUGAUCAAUGAUAUCGAUGCUGGCCUUGGCAGAUUUGGCAAUACUCAAAUGACAGUCAACAAUCAAAUUGUCGUUGGAACUCUUAUGAAUCUAGCAGACAAUCCAACAAGAGUUAGUGUUGGCCAAAAUUGGCGAGAAACUGAUAUCACAAAUAGAAUUCCAAUAAUUGUAACGGGGAAUGAUUUUUCUACUAUUUAUGCUCCACUGAUACGCGAAGGAAGGAUGGAAAAGUUCUACUGGCAACCUAACCGAGAAGAUAUUGUCAAUAUCGUUCACAGAAUGUAUGAAAAAGAUGGCAUUUCUAAGGAAGAAGUUAUGAGAGUUGUGGACACUUUUCCUAAUCAAGCUUUGGACUUUUAUGGAGCUCUUAGGUCCCGCACAUAUGACAGAUCAAUUUUGAAGUGGAUUGAUGAUAUCGGAGGUUUUGAAAAUUUUGGAAAGAAGCUUCUCAGUAGGAGAAAGGACAACAGCCUUCCCGUAUUUACUCCUCCAGAGCAAACAGUGGAGGCUUUGCUUGACUCAGGUUAUUCACUCAUCAAAGAACAAAAGUUGAUAUUGGAAACUAAACUUUCCAAGGAAUACAUGAAGAAUAUAGAUGACUAGCAUUCAUUAUAUGUAAGGUCUCCAAGCAGGCUGCUUCUCUUUACCUAAUUUCUGCCUCUAGGCGUCCAUUGUAUCAUAUCCCAAUUUUCAGAGGAAGAAGUGUGAAAUUUUGUACAAUAACAAUGUAAUGUCUGAAAUUUUAUCUUAAGCUACGAGCCAAACAGCUUGCUUAUCCUUGUUUUAUAGAAGCUAUUAAAGUGAAUAAUUCAUAAUAAUCAGUAUAUUCCGAGUUCCAACUUA